CCCAUACUCCAAAAAAUGGCAGUGGCAGCAACUCUCCUUCCCUCAACACCAUACAAGCCAUUACCACUCCCCCUCCCAAACUCUCUCUUCCUCCUCUCCUUCUCAAUCCCCUGCACCCGCCAUCACUUCACCCCUCCUGCCUCCGCCAAUCGCGCCUCCCCCUUCCCGCUUCAUCCCCGCCGUCCAUAUGUCGCUCUUCCUUCUAGUCCCGGCCGUUGCUUUGCCGCCAAUUCCGGGCCGCCUCUGCCUCCCCCAGAAUCUGACUCCACUAGCCUCACAGGUCUUGUAGCAUCUUUCUCCAAGUUUCAGGACAAAGUGCAGAUCUUUUUUGCUGUUCUUUUUUGGAUGUCUCUUUUCUUCUGGGCUUCUGUAUGGGAUGAAAGGAGUCGACCAAACAAGGGCUCACGAUUUAGAAAAUGACCUAGUAAGCAUUUAUUGUAUAUAAUGAUAGACUGGAUGGGUAGUAGUAGCCUAUACAUUAAAAGAGGAGCAACUUCUUGUGAUAAAUACUAGUGGGCUAGAUGACAUACACAAAAUUUAGUUUCAAAUGCUGUAAUUAUCAAAGGAUGAAUAAGCAGUGGCUCUUGAUUUUCUUGUCCUUAA